CUGGGGGGCCCGCGAUCUCACCAUCAUGCGGCUAUGCGGGUCAACCACUCCAUGUGCCUAAGAAGAAAAAAAUCCUUAUGGACGGCCUAACAUGAUGGGGUGACAAAAGUCAUGUAUAUAAUGGCGAUGAUCCUAAAUCAUUAAAUGCCUAUAUAUCAUAUUAUAUUACCAAUCCCAUUGCCCGCUCCUGUUGCACCAGGGCUAGCAUCAUGGACAAUGCUUCAAUCACAUCGGCUCAAGUCCGCACCCAGGCCGCCUACAAGAAUAGAUGGAGGACUAUAAUAAACAACCCGAAGAUUUUGAUCAUCGCAUUCUUUGCCUCCCUAGGUGGUUUCGAAUAUGGCUACCAGCAGGGUGUGCUUGGCCAAUCUCUAGUCAUGACGCGAUUUAAGGACAACUUCCCUUCAAUUGUAGAUUCGCCUGGGGCAACUGGCUGGUUGACAUCCAUUCUCCAACUCGGUGGUAUCCUCGGCUCACUUAGUGCUGGUGUUUUUGGUGAGGUAUUCUCACGGAAGUACACCAUGUUCAGCGCCUGCUGUUGGGUCACACUGGGCUCCUACUUGUACAUCGGAGCUACGCACCACAACCCGGCCAUGUUGUACGCUGGAAGGUUCUUUACUGGUAUUGGUGUCGGAACCUUCUCUGGAGUUGGCCCGCUCUACAACGCUGAGAUUGCCCCUCCUGAACUCCGAGGCAUGAUCGUCUCUUUCUAUCAAUUCGCUACUAUCAUCGGAAUCAUGUUGUCCUUCUGGAUCGGCUACGCCUGCAACUACAUCGGGGGUAUUGGAGAAGGUCAAAAGAACAUCGCCUGGAUGUUGCCCUCCAUCAUCCAAGGUAUCCCAGCUGCCAUUCUUGCCGUUGGGAUAUGGUGGCUCCCCUUCUCUCCUCGAUGGUUGAUCAAGAAGGGCCGCGAUGAGGAAGGUCUCAAGACCCUCUCCUAUCUCCGUAAGCUACCGGUAGAGCAUGAGCUCGUUCAAAUCGAGUUCCUUGAGAUCAAGGCGGAGACUCUCUUUGAGCACCGCAACUUCCAAAAGAAUUUCCCCAACCUGGCCGCGAAAGAGCAGGGUAGCGUCUUUGUCCGGGAGUUUGCGCAAUACUACCAGAUAUUCAAGACCCGGGAUAACUUCAAGCGUGUAUCCACGGCUUGGUUGGUCAUGUUCUUCCAACAGUGGAGUGGCAUCGACGCCAUUAUCUAUUACGCCUCCAACGUCUUCCAGUCUGUCGGCCUUACUGGCGGAACGCAAGCGAUGCUUGCUACUGGUGUGACUGGUGUCAUCUUCUUCGUCAGCACUAUACCAGCCAUGGCUGUUAUUGACAAGUUUGGUCGUAAGCCCAUGCUUCAAGUCGGUUCUGCCGUCAUGUGGUGCUCUAUGGUCAUCGCUGGUAUUAUGGUCGCUAAGUUCCGACACAACUGGGCUGAGCAUGCUGCAGAAGGUUGGGUCGUUGUCGCCUUCAUCUGGAUUUAUGUUGGUGCAUUUGGUGCUACUUGGGGCCCUGUUUCGUGGACUCUGAUCUCAGAAAUCUUCCCGCUUUCUAUUCGAUCCAAGGGCGCGUCUAUCGGCGCUUCAAGUAACUGGCUCAAUAAUUUUGUAGUUGCCUUCAUUGUCCCUCCUUUAUUGAAGACCUGGACAUGGGGAACGUAUAUCUUCUUCGCCGUCUUCUUGGCCGCGGGCAUGGUGUGGGUUCACUUUUGCUUACCUGAGACUAAAGGAGCCACACUAGAAGAGAUGGACCGCGUAUUUGGCUCCCGAACCGGCGCGGAGGAUGCUAUCGCACUUGCGGAGGCAAGGAGGGAAAUUGGAUUGAGCAUGCACCUGGAAAAUGAUGCCAUCAAGGCCAUGCAUCAUGCAGAGCAAGUCAAACAUGAGAAGGGCAGCAUUCGCACUGAAACGGUCUAAGCUACACAUAUAAAUAGAAGAUUUUAGGACAGUACAGUGUAUAAAUUUACCGUGUUCUUAUGGUAGCAGGCUGUGCUGGUUUGGGCCAGUUCUAUGUAGUGGUGUAUAAACACAAGAUACUGACCGAGGAAUGCUCGAAUUACAAAGGCCUGUCAACUACUAAGAAGAGUUGAGGAGCUAUCGUGGAUUCAUCAACUCCUACUGUAUCGAGUAUAGUCACCUGUAGCUGACCCAGUUUGCCCUGCACACGAUCGGGCCUCUAUGAUAUAUCAACAAGAAGCUUACAAGCAUUUGAAACCGAGCUCUCUGAGGUUGUUAAAUACUUGAAUUGUCUCC